GUGAUUUUAGAAACAACCAAUAAAACUACGGAAUUCCCCCUUAAGCUCCGCCUCUUCCUUGAUUGACGUUUGUAGCGGCCUAUGAGUCUGAAGGAAGGAACGACUCUCCCUGUUACAGGCGUGCGGUGGGCAGUGCAGAGUCGGGGCUCGGUCAGUGUGAGGUGAAGAUGGCGGUGUUGGCCCCCUUGCUGGCCCUGAUCUACUCCGUGCCGGGAAUCUGCCGCUGGCUAGCCCAGCCCUACUAUCCACUCUCGCUCCUGUUGUCGGCUGCAUUCCUGUUGGUGCGGAAGGUGCCACCGCUAUGCCACGGGCUGCCCAGCCAGCGGGAGGACGGGAACCCUUGCGACUUUGACUGGCGGGAGGUAGAAAUCCUGAUGUUCCUCAGUGCCAUUGUAAUGAUGAAGAACCGCAGAUCCAUUACUGUGGACCAGCAUGUGGGAAAUAUCUUCAUGUUCAGCAAAGUAGCAAAUGUCAUCCUUUUUUUCCGCCUCGACAUCCGGAUGGGGCUACUCUACCUCACCCUCUGCAUAGUGUUCCUGAUGACCUGCAAGCCACCUCUGUACCUAGGUCCUGAGUACAUCAAAUAUUUCAGUGAUAAAACCAUAGAUGAGGAACUAGCACGUGACAAGCGGGUAACUUGGAUUGUGGAAUUCUUUGCUAACUGGUCCAAUGAAUGUCAGUCAUUUGCUCCUAUCUAUGCUGAUUUGUCUCUCAAGUAUAACUGCACUGGAUUGAAUUUUGGGAAAGUUGAUGUGGGCCGCUACCCUGAUGUAAGCACCAGGUACAAAGUCAGCACCUCUCCCCUCACCAAGCAGUUGCCCACUCUAAUCCUUUUCCAAGGUGGGAAGGAGGUGAUGCGGCGGCCACAGAUCGAUAAGAAGGGACGAGCAGUUUCGUGGAACUUCUCUGAGGAGAAUGUGAUCCGGGAAUUCAGUUUGAACGAGCUGUAUCAGAAAGCAAAGAAACUCUCCAAGCAAUCCACUGAGAUCCCUGAGGAGUCUUCAGAACAGUCUGCUGUCACUGAGCUUCCUAAUGGGGAGACCAAGAAGGACAAAUGAAGUCUGUAGGAUUGCACUCUGGUCCUUGUGCUUUUGCUCCCCAUCUCCUCUUCAUUCCCAUCUUGAUUUCUCUUGGGGAAUUGCCCAAAAUCUUUUUCCACCUAACAGUGCUGAUGCCGGGAGAGAAGUCUAACUGUCAGGGGGCUUCUGUUGGUUGUGGGCUCAGUGUGUGCUUGCUGCUGGCCACUUGGGCUAGACAUGUUCUUGUGCACUUUUGUCCUGAUCCUCCUUGCAGGAUCAGUGAGGGACAGUUUCCGUAGAUUAGAACCAGCAAAUGGGGAUCUCUCCACCUUGCUUAUAGAGACUAAAACUGUGAAAACAGAGACAUCUAGAUGAGAGGUUGCAACCCGCUCUGGCUGUGAAUAGGAACUGCUGAGAUAUUCAACAGACACUGGAAGGGAAGGGGGUGGGCUCCAUGUUGGUUCAGUGGAAAAAUCCUGACAAACUCACAUCUUUUGUGAAAUCAGCUCCCUUCCUUCCUGUCAAAGCUCUGAGAACACCCUCUUAUUUGAGAUGAUCUUUUGCAGGGUGAUAGCUGUGAUUGAGAAGAUAUAGGUAUAAUUUCCAGUUUCUACUAAUUUCUACCCAUUGCCCUCAGCUGUAAUGAGAGCAAAACUUCUAACUGCCUCUUCUCACUGUCUGGGGACUUAGAAACUGAUGGGCAGAAUUAGAAUGUGCGCCAACUCUGAAUGUGCUGCUGUGCCAGAGAGUUACGUGGCUGCCAUGCAGCCCUGAAGGUCUUUCUAGCUGCUACCUGCCCAUGUGCAUGCUCAGCAUGUAGCAGCCUUUCCCCCCUGACUGAAGGAGUAGCUGUUUCUAUCAGUCAUCAUGUACUGUACAAAAUGUACAGUCACUGCUGUACCACUCCACACAGGGAGCUUGCUCAUUGGUAGAAACAAGCUCCAUUUCACUGCGCUCAUCCAUCUUCAUGCUUCUGUUAAUGGUCUUGUACAGUCGCCUCUAAUAAACAAACCUGGGAAUGUC